GGACGGCGCAAGGCGUGGGGGGGACACGGGAGACAGGUACCCGCGGGCGGCCCUGCCAGGCGCCUUCUCGCUGCGGCCGGCAGCCGGUUCCGCGACGCGGCGGGACGAGCUGGGAGAGCGGCGGAGCGCGGCGGCCUCCCGCGGCGGAGCAGCGGCCUAGGGGCGCCCCUAGCGCGGCGGCGGGCUCGGGCGCCGAGGGGGGCCGCGGCCGCCGGGGGUGCGGCACCGGCAGAGCUUGCCGAGGCGCACCGCGCCGGGCCGGGCCCGCUCCUCGCCGCUUGCUGGCGGCGCGGCUCCCCCCAACCCCACCCGCGGGAAGGGACGGGGCGCGGCGGGGCCGCCGGCCGGCAGCGGCGGUGCGCGGAGCGGCCCCCCGAGAGAAGGGAGCGGCGGGGCGCGGGAGUCGGCGCUGCCCGCCCGUCGGCUGCGCCCCAGCGGAGUAUGCACUGACUCGCUGCCUCGGUUCGGAGCCAUCCCAGCCGCCGGGGUGCGCGUUGCAUGGUGUGGGGAUACACGGUCUCGAUAAUAAAUGAUAGAGGAUACAAUGACUUUGCUGUCUCUGCUGGGUCGGAUCAUGCGUUACUUCUUGCUUAGACCGGAGACCCUGUUCUUGCUGUGCAUCAGCCUGGCCCUGUGGAGUUAUUUCUUCCACACGGAUGAGGUGAAAACCAUUGUUAAGUCCAGCAGGGAUGCGGUGAAGAUGGUGAAGGGCAAAGUGGCCGAGAUCAUGCAGAAUGACAGGCUCGGGGGGCUAGACGUGCUGGAUGCAGAGUUCUCCAAGACCUGGGAGUUCAAGAGCCACAACGUGGCUGUCUACUCUAUCCAAGGCCGGAGGGAUCACAUGGAGGACAGGUUCGAAGUAAUCACUGACCUGGUGAACAAGACUCACCCCUCCAUCUUCGGGAUAUUUGAUGGGCACGGAGGAGAGUCGGCAGCAGAAUAUGUGAAGUCCCGCCUGCCUGAAGUCCUAAAACAACAUCUUCAAGACUAUGAGAAGGACAAGGAGAACAGUGUGCUGUCUUACCAAACCAUCCUGGAACAGCAGAUUUUAUCAAUUGAUCGAGAAAUGCUGGAAAAAUUGACUGUAUCCUAUGAUGAAGCAGGUACAACUUGUUUGAUCGCGCUGCUGUCAGAUAAAGAACUCACAGUGGCCAAUGUUGGCGAUUCGCGAGGAGUCUUGUGUGACAAGGAUGGGAAUGCUAUCCCCUUGUCACACGAUCACAAGCCCUACCAACUGAAAGAGAGGAAGAGGAUUAAAAGAGCUGGUGGUUUUAUCAGCUUUAAUGGCUCCUGGCGUGUUCAGGGGAUCCUGGCCAUGUCCCGCUCGUUAGGAGAUUACCCUUUGAAGAACCUGAAUGUUGUCAUUCCUGACCCUGAUAUUCUUACCUUUGACCUGGACAAACUGCAGCCAGAGUUCAUGAUCUUGGCGUCGGAUGGUCUGUGGGAUGCUUUCAGCAACGAGGAAGCCGUCCGAUUCAUCAAGGAACGCUUGGAUGAACCACACUUUGGUGCAAAGAGUAUAGUUCUACAGUCCUUUUACAGAGGAUGUCCUGAUAACAUAACAGUGAUGGUGGUGAAGUUCAGGAAUAGCAGCAAAACAGAAGAACAGUAAUUACCAGUGGUUCUCUGCCUCACUCUGAACUUAAAACAAACUCUUACAUUUUAAACAUAGUAGAAAGCUCUAGUAAAUACCGUUAAGAUUCUACACAAAAGGAACAGAUCCCUCUGGUCUUUGUUCUUUGCUUAACAAAAGGAGCAAUACAAGAAAUACAUUCUGAGUGAUUGUAAGAAUUAAGUUUGCUCACAUGUACCUGUCUCCUGUGACCUUGCUGCUCCUUAGAAACUAACUGUAAUCUUCCAUUUCAGAAUAUUCUUUACAAAUCCUGUGUAGACUUUUCAUUUGUUUCCUCCCCUCUCAUUUCUAAUAGUCAAAGGUUCAUUCAGAUGCACAGUAGGGUCAGGGCAGUGCUGCCACUUAAUAGCAAGUGAUAGGAAUGAUGCCGCUUUUCACCUAGGUGUGACUCUCUCAUGAUGCUCUCAUGUUUCUCAUCUCUUUUUUUUUUUAAAUCUGCAGUGAUAAGGUUGUACAGGAAAAGGUUUGCAAUUAUUGGCCUGUUAUUGAUAUGAAGGAGGAAGAGGAGCCAGCUAUUAGCCUGCUACCACAGAACUGGCUCUUUUGCUUUGUUUAACCUCCCCCCCCGCCCUUAAAUAAAUCAAGCAUGUGAUUAGGUAUAGUUACUGAAUUACCUGAAGCCACAUGUUUAUUCAGUCUGUGUAUUACUCCAAUAAUGUUUCUUCUAUGCCAUAUUGUAUUCAAACCAACUAAUGUUAAACUCCAGCAAAAUACUCUGAGGUCCGACACCUUCUAUAUCAAAAACCAGCUCUGUUGUGAUAGGAGAAUGUCUGUCGCGCAGUGAGACUCGCCCUUACAUUAGUUUUUUGGCAUGGACUUUUCAUAGGCAUGUAAAGAAAGUAAUGCGAGAUAAAAUUAAUUUUGUUAGUGACUGUUUGGAAAACUAAUCAAAACAGGGCAUUCCUCAGAGCUACUGAGAUGGAAGUCAAGCCUAUUAAAGACCUCCUUGUAUCACUGCAGAUUAAUUUGUGGUGUCAAUCCAGGGGAAGACCACUUUAGAGCCGUUUUUUGGUAUAAUGUAUAAAUGCCAGGCAGUAUCACUGCACUGGAGAGACGAAAGGUUGCGUUAAAUCUAGAUAAAGAUAUGUUUAGAUCUAACCUUCAGUAUUUAAUUGUGUUUUGGAAUCUGUGACUACUGUAAGUUUAAACAAUGACAGUCUGAGUUUGCUCUACGUCUGAUAACUUAGCUGGCUGCUUCAUGAUCGCGAGGCAGCCGUAGCAGCGUGACAGGGCAACGCGGGUUAGAGCAUCAGAGCCAGGGCCUGGGUUGGAGGUUAGUAUUUUGGAUGGCUUGUUUACCUGUAUCAUGACUUAAAAUAAUCCUUGGGAUUCCCUCCCCGCAAAACAUGGUCCUGGACGAUCUGCUGGAGCCUCUUGUCUUCAGGGUGAUGGAGGUUGGCAGUAUUUGGGUCCUGAGGUGAAUCAGGGAUAUAAUGCAUUAACUAACUUUGUUUCUUGGAUAAAGAUACAGUAUUACUUAGUCAAAAAGCCACCUGUUCCUCAUCACCCACCUGUAGCCCUUUCUGGCAAGUGGCCUGCUGGUCCCUAAAGCGCUGCGAUGUGGUGGUUGUGCUAAGCGGGUGCCAUGCCUCUCAAGACAAAAAUGAAAGAGCACAAAUCCUGCUCUCUGCUGAAGAAGGAAUUCCCGGCUUAGUCUUUUCAUUUUUACUCCUAAGUUAUCUCUUCCCCAACAAAAUUCCCUCCUUUAGUGUGUUUGGAGAUAAUCACAACUCUUAAUUGGAUCUAUUGCUAUUACCAGUGCUCUUCAGAUCGUAUACGUAUCCUUUAGCAGCCUCUUCUCAUGCCAGAUGCUGGGUAGAGCCCCUUGACUCUGAAGAAUAGGCAAGUGAAAAGCAGCGGUAUCGAAGUAUCAAAGUGCCCAGCAUCCUCUGAAACCAGCAGGCGCCCAGCCUGCACUGGUCUUCCCCUGGAGGAUGGAAGGUUUCAGACAUUUUACAUCUCUUGAACGGUGCAUUCAGUGAAUUUUAAAUGGAACUUUGCAGUUAAAUUGAGCAGCUAACAGGAAAUGUUAAUAAUUGCAGAGCGCUCCAGUUAUUUUAUUUUGAAAAGGUAUUUGAGGUCAGAACGCUGUGAAAUGAAAACCCUGUGUGAUAUUUUCAUGGGAAUGCUUAAUCAUGUACUCAUAAUGCUACAGCAGCAGCAUCGAAACUGUGCUCCAGGCAGAGCUCAUGGCGCAUGUAGCAUUUGCCUUUCCUUUCUCCUUCACAGAUGAUGUUUCCAUCGUACUGGCUUUUCUUUGUAGGACACUGCCUGGAUGUUUGUCAAAACAGCUGCCCAGGGAAAAAAGAAUUAGACCCAGCAGCCUGCAGAACUAAAGCAGCGGGACGCUUGUACAGCAGAGACAUCACUACUAAUCCGUCAUAGGCAUUUGAGAAACGGUCAGCGCCAAACAAACCAUUAUCGACUAACGCCACUUGAGUGAAAAGCUCACAGCUGCCACUAAGCCUCCUGCAGCUCGCGUUCUUGAGGGUCACGAGCAUUGCUGAGGGAUGCCCGACCCUCUCCUGAGCACAGCACUCCAGACAGACAGGAAGAUGAGGUGGAAGGAAUCGUACGCAUGCACAGACACCCGAAGCAGCCGUGAGGAAGCUGUGGGAGGGUGGCUCACUCUGGAAGUAAGCCACGCUCACAGGAUGUAGGGAAAGCGUAGUGCAGUGCAAUACAGAACUGGUUUGCAGGCUUGUCUGGAUAUUUGUGCCAGGAUUCAUUUACUCUGUCACUCAGGCCCAUCCAGUCCGUUACCGAAUCGGCCCUAUUUCAACCUUCAGGUGUCCACAGUUGCAACAAUAGUUGUUUUAGCACCUCCAAUUUUCUCUGCAACACUCCCACCCUUGUAGUAGCUCUUUUCUGGCCAAAGACAUUCAUGCCAAUGAUCUCUGUAAGGUUGCUGACUUCUGUUUUUAUUACUACAAAAAACUAGUUACAGCUACUUUAGGUUUAAAGCUGAAGGACUAAUGGAGAUGGCAGGCUUUGUGCAGUCUUCCACACACAGGCGCAGUGCCUGUGCUCCCUGCUAGAAGUCUUCUGAGAAGCUUUUAAUCCCAUGCUAGACAUAACUUUCCAGUCAUGCUGCUUUGUGCCAAAUUCUGUCAUGAUACGUACAGCUGUUGGAUGACAAGAUUAAGUAACAUCCAUAUUGCUUAUGCAACCUGAACGAUCGAGGGUCGAUCCUCCACUGCCUUAAUAACAUGGCCUACACCUGGAAGGACACUGUAGCCAGAAACAGCCCUACGUCUGCUCGAGCAGCGUGGCAGGACGCGCUACGGCACUGGGGAGGCCGUACUUGCAGCACGCCUGUCUCAGUCCUGCUUUCCUGCCUGGGCACCUCCCAAAAACACCCCGAGAGCGCUGCGUUUUGGUUAAAGCGGCUGCGCACACCUGAGAGCGUCCUCUUGCCGCGUGUCUUCACAGAAGGUUUUUGUUGCUUAAGCCCGAGGAGCUCCACUGGUGACAUCUGCUCAUCGGGUAAGAGCAUCACAUGGCAGAAAAGUGAUAUAUUAAGUUGCUGCCACAGAACGUCUUUCGUAUGGUCCAGUAAGAAAAGAUGAACCUUGUAAUCAGUCAUCUGAUCCACUAUUUAAAAGAAUAUGGUCUCUUCCCAGUGGUAUUACGAGCUAACAGUUUACCCCGCGUAGUAUAUUUUAAAAAUGAAACCAUUUAGCUUUUCAUUCUGGUGACAGACUACCCUUUAGUUUAGCACGCUGAUGAUGUGCUAGCGGAGUUUUUAGAAGGGCUGUUCGCUGGUGUGACGAGACGGGCUGCAGCCGUCACCCUUCGCAGCUCCUGGUCCCGCGGCGGGGCUCCCCGGCCCGCUUAGGUGUGGGCAUGGCUCCGUCUAGCGGUGGCCUGAGCACCGUACCCAGGCAGUACCCCCAAGGUUAAGUUGCUCUCUCAGCCCGCGUGAAGAAUGUCUGAUUUAAAGUUUCCCUCGUCCCUUGCGCAGCAGUUCACGCAGACCCGUUCUCUCAGGCCGCAUGUUACAGCAGCGCGGGCUGAACGCCUGCAUCCCCAGCCACAGCCGCGAAGGGCAGGCACUAAAAACGUGCGUGGAAGUCUGGCCCCCCACGGCCCUGCCCUGCGUCCCCUGCCAGCUCACCUCCCGGCACGGGCGUCUUCACAGUUGUGGGAUCCAGGUGUUUGGCAACUGUGCGGCUUACGCAGACCGCAGUGGUCCAGCUUAGGAGAGUCCGGAGUUCAUCGCUAGACUCAGGGGUGGCAGCAGACGCUGCUUUAUUUCGUGUAAAAUAUACGCCUCUUCUUUUGUUGCGACACCCAGCACGAGCGGUCUGGGCACAUUGAUCCUGACUCACGGGGAGGGACGGUCGCAGACGACGCCGUGAGGACUGUGUCAGCGCCGUGGCCCUACCAUUUCUAAAAACACAGAAUUUGAAACGAAUGAGCCCAUUUUAUGGAAUGGAAUGUUUGGAUAAAUACAAAUAAAGUGAAUGCCAUCUAACAUCACAAAGUAUUGUCUGCUGACUUGUGACCGCAAUGUCAGUACCAAAACUACUGCUAACGUUAUUACAGCAUUACCCAAUUUGCAGACAGUAAAAUUAAGAAAAACGUUGUGAAGUUGUUAGAAUACAGAAGUUAGUCCUGAAGCACCACAUCGGCUUGAAGUGUUUGCUAUGUAAACACUAAUGCUGCAUCUUGAAAAGAAGGGAGUUUUGUUGUUCAGCUGCCUCUCGGAAUAUCUGACACCCUUGCUUUAAAUAAUACUAAUCUGUUGCUAAUGUACCUAAUAUUUAUUUUACACAGAGAAAAAUUUAGUAAGUGAUUAUACUAAAGAGAAAAAAAACCUCACCAGCCUUUCACUUUUCUAACAUAGGUUUUGAGGCCUCCGUCCGUACCUGGCUGUACAGAAUUACAAGGUUAAAAUUUAAAAAGUUCUGCUGAAGUCUGGCGACUGCACAGGCCGGAGCUGCUGCCCCUCAGUGCUGUCCAUGUAUUUAUGGAUUAUCUUCCUAAACCUGAGGACUCAUAUCUAAAAAGAUGCAUACAAUUAAGUUAAUACUGAUUUGAAUUUUAAAUCACUUUUAUUUAUAUAGUGCUGACUAUAUAAGGCUUAGGUAGGCAGCUCUUCUACUCGUAGUUUUCUCUUAAAUAACUUGAAGUUCUAGGUGUCAGUUGUCUCUAGUUAUAAAUGAUGGCCUAGAUGCUCUGUCACGCAAAACAUGCAGUCAAAGCAGUUGAAGCCUGUCUAAAACCAUAAAUAAAGAGGCUUCCAUCAAAAGCAAUUCUUGAAUAAAGUUCUGAAAUCCACUUUUAGGAGCAGGUCAGCUCCUAUGUCGGGUCUCCUCAGUGAUAAGGAAGAGCUCCAGAUUAGUUGAGCAACAGGGAAGUAAAGCACUUUUUCUGCAUUUAAAAGACCCAACCCUAUAUUUCUUUAAGCCUGUGGAGACGCAUCGCCCUCCGAGGGCCACAGGUGCUCAGAAAUCUACUUCAGCCCACAUUCCAGCAAGCUAAUUGAGUAAUCAGUUCUACUGUUUUAGAAACCCAAGUGCAGGACUGUCAAACACUGCUCUCUGGGAACGCCUACGCUGUAUUCAGGGGUGGGAGAGCAACAGAGAUGAAACCGCACUUUAUCCGUACUUGCUUUCGUCUCGGUAAUAGCAAGAGCCGUGCAGUGAGGCAGCGUGGGCUGCCAGCCGGGUACCUGCUCGGCUCCCCUGCGUAAGCGCCCACACGCCGCCCCUCCCCGGGAAGGCAGGCGCACACGCACUCUGUUGGCUUCAGCUGUUGCUGGUGACAGGACGCCCUCGCCCCAGAACUGCCAAAGUCCAUCUCUGAUUUUUAAAUUUUCUCUUUCUGGUAAGAAAAACUUAAGUUGUGUGAAAAACACGAUUCAUUUGGAAGAAGUUCUUGGGCGUCAGGUCCAUUCUGUCCCGAUUCUCCGCACUGCUCUUUGGUGAACUGUUCCUGUACGCACAAGCUCGGUACAAAACGUAAGCAGUGGUUAGCAGUGCUGGGUGUACAAAUGAGAUCCAUUUUUAUACAUUUCAAACCCAUCAACAUUUAACACGGCAAACUGGAACAGUCGCGUAACCGUUAGCAGGAGCAGCAUCUGGAAAAAACAUUAACCCCCGUACCGUGUGAGUAUUACACCGAGCGACUGCAAACCCCUUCUACCCAGCAUAUUUAGAAACCCUCUAAGAAACGAUUGAGGCAGACUCAUUAUGAAAAUGAAGCACGCGUUUAGAGCUCUGCGAGGGCAGGUCAGAGCUUUACUAACAAAAAUCCUACACAACACCCAAGAUAACCGAACUGCAAUGUUUAAGCGAUCCAUCUCGGUUAAGACAGCUCCCAUUUAGUGCAGCAUGGCUGCGCUAUCAGAGAUAAGAGCCUCUUCAGGCUUCUGCUUCUAACAAUAUUUUCACUCAGAGCCAGAAGUGUUUUUAAGAUUUAAUCUUUAUUGCAAGCUCAGGGCAGACUGCAGCCACUCCUAGGUGAAGGACCACCGCAGGCAAAGCGUGGCUGAGGGGGCGUCAGGCUGAGCCCCAGCCCAGGCAGGAGAGAUGCGGCACCAUCAUCUCUCACACCAUAAAAACCAAAUUCAGAUUUUGAUUAAUGUGGCCUGGAAAAUUCAUGUGCUGUGCAGCAACUGUCAGGAGGCCAGAGGAAAAGAGGGCUCAGAUAUGUAAACCAUCUCAAGAGAGGUCACUUAGGGUAAACUGUGUUAGUUUUUCUCUUAUAAAAUAACGACUUAAGUCCCAAAGUCAAAUAACUGCAGGUGAGACGAACUAUGCUGUAACGCAGGUGGUAUUUCCUCAAGUGAGUUGCAGGUCGGUUCUGCCUUUGGCUAAGGAUCACCCUAACAGCGGCACUUCAGAGAGCCCAGGCUUCCUGGAGCCCUGGCAAAGAAAGCGGCUUUGUGGUUUUCAGAAACCCAAUACAGAAAUAGAGGGGGCUGCGUUUUGUUUUACAAUUUUAGGUUUCCUUGAAACGUGGACGCGACUACAUAUGAAAAAAAACUCAAAAUAAACCCAACCAUCUGCUUAGCUUCAUUUUAACUUUGUUUUCUUUCCUUCCUACAUGGUGUACUUGCAUUUGGGUAUGGUUUACAGCUUAACGUGCAAUCCACAGUAACCGCAUUAAAACCUGACAAGCUUAAUUUAACAGAGACUGCAGAAAAGUUUACAUCUCUCCCUACCACCUCCACCUUAAGCAAACUCUAGAGUACUUAAUAAAAGACCAAAGCGGUACCCACUGGUCACAUAAGAAUAGAGAUGAAUGAAAAUUUGAGAAAUAGGGAGCAAAGCUCUGCCUCCCAAACGCCUUCAACGUACUAACGUAGCCGAGAGACGCCCAGCAGGAGCUCGGCGUCACGUUGUUCGGCUAACCUGCAGUCAGUUCCCAGUUUAAAUUUGAAAGAAAUACGAUAGAAUGACAUCACUUAUUGUGCAUCCAGGCACUCGUGAGCUACUUACAAUGAGCCUGCACUGAAACGCUUUAGUAGGAACUAGAAAACGUAAGACAAAACUUGGGAAAAUAUUCCAAACCGUCUGUCAAUGCUGAUCCUAGAGAAUAACGCCCCAAAGUCUGCAGCACAUCAUCUUUCAUGCCUUAUUUUGAACUUCUCUGUUCCAGAACACGCACAAAACAUUUAAGCAUUUGGACUUUUCAACUCUUCUGAAAUGAUACACAGGCAAGACGGCGUCAGAUCGUGCGCUGUAAACCCCUCCUGCCGGCCGCCCAGCAGCGGUGCCCAAAGAGCUUUGGCCAACGGGUGAUCAUGAGGCUUUGAGUCAGAAAGUCCCACAAUAUUCAUACCAAAAUCACGAGUGCUUGGAAUUCUGAUUUCACGUGGCUUUCCAAAGCACUUGCCUGCAUGAGAAAAAGAAUCUUAGAAUUCGGGAAAACCUGAGCCUCUGGUUUAGGCUUUGUUUUUAGUACAAUAUUGCAAGCAGAUGCAAUAAAAUUUAGGCUGGCUGCUGACUUAAAUGCUUACAUUAGUUCACAGUCUUAAGCUUUUUUCACCUCUUGCAUGGCUGCUCACACUAGAAAUGUUCCCAAUAUUUGCUUUAAGCAGAAACAUUAGCUUAGUUAUGAAUUUUUAUGGUCUUUUAAGCAAUAAUAAGGUCAGACUCAAAUACAAGCCAGAUUUGGAAGUGAGGUUUUUUUUAAAAAAAAAAAAAACAGGAGGAGGAAUAUUUAACAGUGGAAAUUUCUUGCAGAACUGAUGGCACUUCAGAUUACAAUUUCAGGUGGUGCAAACAGACCACUGUGUAUAAACCUACAUUUGUGAAAAAAAAAAAAAGCCUUGUAAUCUAUGAUCAGCGUUAUCGUUCUGGGGCACAAAUACAAAGAAUACCUUGCUUGGUGACAGCUGCGUUUUUACUGCGGUCCCGCAGAGCCGUUUCUCUGUGACACAUGUUUCUUACUCUCCCUACAGGAGCCCCAGCCGCUUCACCUACCCAGUUUCUGAAGACUGCAUUGUCUUUCAUAAUUACAUUUUUAAAAAAAAAAAAAAGCAAUACAAACUGUGCCAUAGUAUCCGUGUUCUUGUGAAAAAUUAUUUCUUUCUAAACAUGCAAUAUGGCAGGCUUAUUAAAAAAAAUAGAGGGAUUUUUUUUUUAAGCUGUAUAAACAAUCAAAGAACAAGGUAAGCGUUUCUCACGGAGCUCUCAGGAUCUGACCACAGUGCUACAACAAUCAAGUAACAGAUCCUAAAACCAUAGGAACAGCUGUAGUUUUACCUGUUUCUAGAAAUACCAUAGCAUUCUUCCCUGUCAUGGAACACUAUCUUUAGCUAUUUAGUUUAACAAAAAAAAAUAA